AUGCUAAGUCUUGUACGUGGAAAGCGACCUCAAUCAGCACGUCUACUGAUACAGUUGACUCAACAUUGCUCAUCUACGCGAUAUCACGCACAGUUUCCAUUUCUGGACGAGCUUGGCCUCAAGGAGGAAAACCACGGUGUAUUCAAUGGUCAGUGGUUUGGAAACGGCGAUGUGUACACUUCGGUGAGUCCCGUGAGUGGUCAACCUAUUGCCAGUAUCCGUACUGGCAACAAAGCUGACUACCAGAAAGUAGUGUCUGCUAUGGACGAUGCUAAGCCUGAAUGGUGCAGUCAACCGGCUCCACAGCGUGGAGAGAUUGUUCGUCAGAUUGGACAGGAGCUUCGUAAUAAGCGCGACGCUCUUGGUAAGCUCAUUGCUCUGGAAAUGGGCAAAAUUUACGUGGAGGGCGUUGGUGAAGUCCAAGAAGCAAUCGACAUUUGUGACUUUGCAGUAGGACUCAGUCGUGCACUCAAUGGGUCGGUGAUUCCUUCUGAGCGUCCAGGCCACUUUAUGAUGGAACGUUACAACCCAUUAAAGGGCCAUGUCGGUAUCAUCACGGCUUUUAACUUUCCAUGCGCAGUGCUGUUCUGGAACGCGGCACUGAGUCUUGUGUGUGGCAAUACCCAGAUUUGGAAGCCGUCUGAAUCGCUAGCACUUACAUCUGUGGCGUGCACCAAGAUCAUUGCAGACGUGCUAGAGCGCAACGGUCACUCCGGUGCAGUUGCUUCGUUGAUCUGUGGCAAUGGCGCUGAAGUGGGCGAGACGCUACUGCACGAUAAGAGAAUGGAGCUUGUUUCUUUCACGGGUUCCACAAAGGUGGGCCGCCACGUGAACAAAGUGGUAUCGUCCCGCUUUGGCAAGACAAUCCUUGAGUUGGGUGGUAACAAUGCAAUGAUCGUGGACAAGGAUGCGGACUUGGAGAUGGCGCUGCGUGCGACGUUGUUUUCUGCUGUGGGAACGGCUGGCCAGCGGUGUACGUCGCUCCGUCGUCUUUUCCUUCAUGAAAAUAUUUACGACAACUUUCUUCAGCGUCUGCUAUCUGCGUAUCGGAACUGGAAAAGUAUUUGGAUGGAAUUGGCUCGAUUAAAAAGCAGGGGGGGAAAGAUUCUCAUUGGUGGUAAGAAAAUCGAAGGUGAUGGCCACUUUGUAGAGCCGACCAUCGUUUCGAUCGCUGACGACGCUGAGAUCCUCCAGAAGGAAAUCUUUGCACCGAUUUUAUACGCGCUAAAGUUUAAGACGCUGGACGAGGCAAUUGAGAAGAAUAACGCCGUUCCGCAAGGCCUGUCGUCUUCUUUGUUUACGAAAAACCAGUCGGCAAUUUUCAAGUGGACGGGUCCGUUAGGAUCGGACUGUGGCAUUGUAAAUGUCAACAUUGGACCCAGUGGUGCCGAAAUUGGAGGAGCAUUUGGCGGUGAAAAGGAAACUGGUGGUGGCCGUGAGUCGGGUAGUGACGCGUGGAAGCAGUACAUGCGUCGGUCGACAUGCACCAUCAACUAUAGCAAGGAGCUUCCACUUGCCCAAGGAAUUGACUUUAGUUAG